AUUGGACUCCCUUUUCCAAUAAACUUUAUUAUAAUCGUAUCGUAUGCUGUAGAAACAAGUCUCCUUUACCUAUGUUUUAUACUAUAUAUAAAAAAAGAACGUUUUUUCUUUCAUUUUCAUUUUUUUCUCUUUUACUUUGAAUUUAGUAUAUAUCUUGAAGUUGGCCUAUAGAUUUUAUAUCAGUGAAUAUUUUUUGGUUGUAAAUAUAUAAAAAGGCACAGAAUUCUUUUUUUUUGGUCCUGUUUCCCGAGAAUAUUGCCUGAUAUAAUGUCUACUGAUCACCAACAAAAAGAAGAGAUAAAUUCUUCACAAAUUUCUAUCAAGAGUAACCAACUGUACAUGGAAGAUAGUUAUAUUCAAUACGACCUCCAAGUGGCAAAUGUCAUUGCUGAGGCUGACUAUCAAGAUUAUUGGGAACAAGACAAAGAACAGACUAAUGAUGAUGUGCAAGAUGACUCUGAUUCUUUGCUUAACCUUGUCAUGGGUGUUCAAAACUAUUUGGCUGAACAAAAGACAAUCCGAACAGAAGAGUAUAACUCACCACUUUAUGAUCUGCAAUACAAAAUGUACAUCUACAUGCGUCAAAAAGCAUUUGAGCUUGGUUCUCGACCCUAGUUGCUUUCAAAUUACUUUUCCCUCCGUUUUUUUUUUUCUUAAAUCCCUUUCUCAUGUAGUCUACUUUCCUCCUUAACGUAAAAAUAAAGAUGUUCU